CUGCACAAUAUAUAUAAUUCAUCUGUCAAUCACUCUUGUGAAGUGUGAAUCAUACAAUCUUCCUUUUCUCAUGGCUAUUACACUGCGUAUCAGGGUUGGUCUGUGGGAAGGAGUCAUAACUCUGUGUGGGUUGGUUUCGCAGUAGGUUUUCUCUGUCAAUUCUGUCUGCUAUAACCCAUGCACUUCUUAAAUUUUGUGCUCCACCUCUCCACACAUGGUGUCUAAUUUUACCAAUCUGGAUGAAGAUGAAUGCAUGACUUUUUAUCUGUUUCUAUCACAAGCCAGCUGAUCCCACUGCAGCCUUUUGUCCAAGCUUUCAUCCAAAAAACCUCUGCCAUCUUUAGAUCCUUGGGUUUAAGACUCGCGCCAAUUUGGUUUCACUAUCAUUUAGGGUAGGAUUUGUGGUAUAGUACAUUUGAACAAUAAUGAUGGGAAAGAGAUUGGGCUGGCCGGGUUGGUUUUGGCAUUGAGAUAAGCCACGUUUGGAAGUGGGAGUUUUGGCUUUUCCUGUGGUGGGUUUGCAGUUAGAGAGCUUCUUUGGAAGACUUUUAGAGGUGUACGGGCCUAAAACUUGUGAAUGCCCAUCAGCUGCUGACGCCAUUGCUUUUGGCUUUGUCCUGCCAAGUCUGUAUCUUUUUUGCCCUGACAAAACGCUGCUGCAGCUGCGCUAGGGCUAGAAUAGGCCGGCACGAAGUUCUCCUAUUGGAGAUUUAGGGAGGAGAGCAAAAAUCAGGCACUUGGAUUGUUUGAAGCAGGCCAGAAGAGAAAAAGGCCUCUUUUUUGGCUCAGAAGUGAAAUAAAACACCCCUGGGAGAGACAGAGUGAGAAUGGAGGAGAACUAGCAAUUUGUUGCUUGCCUUCCUUCUCCCUCUUUCUCUCUUUUCCACUUCGCCCUCACACUAGAAUAGUUUGUCAGGAAUGGGCUUGUAGAGGGCGCCAUGAUAGCAGCAGGAUUAGAAGCGGCUGACAAGCAUUUUGGGAUGAGUUUUGGAUUGGGUAGUUUACUUGAGGGCAGGAGCGAUUCAAACAAGAGAUUUUUCUCUGAGAUCUCCAACAACAAUCUUGGAAUGGCACAGCCUUGUUUCGUUGCUCCUCCUCCACCAAGGUCUAACAUGAACAUGAACAUGUACAACUCUGCACCCAAGCUCUCCUUGACGCUGACAAGCAGCUUGGAAGGAAAAGGAGACAUGUUUGGCAACAGCGGUGGAGAGUCUCAGCUUGUGAGACAGAAAGAUGAUGACUAUGAGAGCAGGUCUGGUAGUGACAACAUGGAAGGGAAUGGAUCUGGUGAUGACCAGGAAGAUAACCAUCCUAAAAAGAAGCGCUAUCACAGGCAUACUCCUCAGCAGAUUCAGGAGAUGGAAGCGCUUUUCAAAGAGUGCCCUCAUCCAGAUGAGAAGCAAAGGCAAAUUCUGAGUAAGCAAUUGGGGCUUGCGCCCCGCCAGAUUAAGUUUUGGUUUCAGAAUCGGAGAACCCAGAUGAAGGCUCAGCACGAGCGUCAUGAAAAUUCUCUCCUCAGGCAGGAUAACGAGAAGCUUCGGCUGGAGAACAUGGCAAUCAAAGAAGCCAUGAGAAAUCCCAUUUGCACUAACUGCGGAGGACCUGCUGUUAUUGCAGAAAUUAGUCUUCAAGAGCAGCAGCUGCGUAUUGAGAAUAUUCGAUUGAAAGAUGAGCUCGAAAGAAUGGCAGCAAUGGCAGGAAAAUUUUACGGAAGGCCCAUACAAUUGACAUCUCUUCCUCCAAUGCACGGUGCAUCUUUGGAGCUAGGAAUGGGUGCAGGUGCCAACAGUUUUGAUGCCUUGCAUUCUUCAAUGAAUCCUCCAUCUGAAUUACUGUUGUUACAAGGACCUUCUGUUGAUGUUCAAAGCCGAACUGGGGGUAUGAUGGGGAUAGAUAGAUCCCUGGUUGCAGAACUGGCUAUUGUAGCCAUGGACGAGCUCAUGAAAAUACUUCAGCUUCAAGAGCCUCUCUGGAUCAGAAGUCUUGAAGAUGGCAGGGAAAAUCUCAACUGUGAAGAAUAUCUGCGUCAAUUUCCAAGGGGCAUAGGCCCAAAACCCAUGACACAUAAAACUGAGGCAACUAGACAAUCUGGCCCCGUGCUGAUGAACAGCCUGGAUCUGGUGGAGACACUUAUGGAUGCUAACCGAUGGAAAGAAAUGUUUCCAUGCAUUCUCUCUAAAGCAGCCACACUGGAAGUCAUAUCUAGCGGUACAGGCCUAAGGCAUGGGGCAUUGCAACUGAUGUACAUGGAGAUGCAAGUUCCAUCACCACUGGUUCCAACCAGAGAAGUUAACUUCCUACGAUUCAGCCAGCAACACAGUGAAGGAGUAUGGGCUGUGGUGGACGUUUCUGUGGAUAGUCUCAGAGAAAACUCACCUGCAUCCUUUCUGAAAUAUAGGAGACGUCCAUCUGGGUGCCUCAUUCAGGACUUGCCCAACGGUUAUUCGCAGGUUACAUGGGUGGAACAUGCGGAUUAUGAUGAUAUAGAUGUACAUGGAUUGUACCGCAGUGUGGUAAAUUGUGGGUUGGCAUUUGGAGCUGGGCGUUGGUUAGCAACACUUCAGCGCCAGUGUGAAAGCCUUGCUGUACUCAUGUCAAAUAAUGUCUCAUCCAGAGAUCACACUGUUUUAGCAAAUCCCAAUGGCCGCCGUAGCAUGCUGAAACUGGCUCAGAGGAUGACCAACAAUUAUUGUGGUGGAGUGAGCGCAUCAAGUGGGCAGACAUGGACCAAAUUAUCUAAUGGCGAUGAUGAUGUGAGAGUGACCACAAGGAAGAACACUGAUGAUCCUGGGGAACCUUCUGGUGUUGUAUUGAGUGCUGCCACUUCAGUCUGGCUUCCUGUAUCUCCCCAACGCUUGUUUGAGUUUCUCCGAGAUGCCACUCUCAGAAACAAGUGGGAUAUUCUAUCUAAUGGCGGUCAGAUGCAAGAAAUGGCAAACAUUGCCAAGGGGAAUGAUCCUGGUAACAGUGUUAGUCUGCUAGGGGCAAGUGGUUUGAAUUCUACUCAGACCAUGUUAAUAUUGCAAGAAUGCUGCACAGAUGCUUAUGGGUCUCUUGUAGUGUAUGCACCUAUUGAUGUGGGUGCCAUGCAUUUGGUUAUGAGUGGAGGUGACUCAAGUUAUAUUUCUCUUUUACCAUCUGGAUUUGCAAUCAUUCCAGAGGGAUCCCAAUGCAGGGGGAACUCUUUGGGAGUACACGAAUCUGGAAGGAGCUUAAGCAGUUUGCAAGUAGGAGGCUCUCUCCUCACAGUUGCCUUUCAAAUACUGGUUAGCAGUCUUCCCAAUUCCAAACUAACCAUGGAGUCUGUGGAGACUGUAAACAAUCUGAUAAGCAGCACAGUGAAGAAAAUCAAGGGAGCAUUGGGAGUAGAAAAUGAAUAUGAUUGAGGGCCUACUCCACCUCUUACAGUGAUUUUGGUUUUCUCUUUUCUCCAUUGGAAGCUAAUGUAAUAUUUAUGGGCUUCCAAGUAGAAGUUUUGAAGUUUAAAACUGUAGCUCUAGUGUUAUGCUAACAGCAAAUGACUAUAGUAACUUGAGCUAAAGAUAUGGGUAUGGAAUGAGUCAAGAACGCACCACAUGUAUCCUUGCCGGGUGGUAAAGCACAGGGAGAUAAAACGCAUCGUCAGCAAAAGAAGAUUUUUUGCUGUUACCACUACGCAAGGGUAGUGGUUCGGGUAUUGACUCAUUUCCUAGUAUCACUACUAGUAUCGCUAUGUCUAUUAGCAGCACAAUGAACCUACACUUGCCUUAAGUUAAUUGUUUUUGGAUGUUUCUUCA